AUGGUUGAGAACGUAGGGGCUAUCAGAGAUGGUAGAAACCUGGUUCUCCGGAUUCUAGAGUCCAGCGUCCUCAAGCUGAAGGCGCUGGACUUCAAGCCCUACUUUGGACUCGACCAAGUCACCUUUAAGGUGAGCGGGGCCCAAGGUGGGGAUAGAGAAAGCGAGAAGGGGCCUCCUAUGGACGAAUUGAAUGUGGUGAUGGUUGAGCUUGACGUCGAUGCUUCGGGAGGCAAGAGGAAGGCGGUGGUCUGCUCCGCGUACUUUCCUCAUGAUGAGGGGAGCCUGCCGCCACCGGAGUCGGUGACUAAACUGGUGGAACACUGCAAGAACAAGCGGCUUCCUCUUAUAGUGAGGUGCAACGCUAACUCGCACCAUACCGUCUGGGGAAGCACGGAUACCAACGAUAGAGGUAGGAAGCUGUUGGAAUUUCUAGCGUCAACAGACUUGGAGAUUCUUAACAGAGGUAACAAGCCCACUUUUUGCACGGCGGUGAGGAGAGAGGUUCUCGAGCUUACUGUCUGUUCUAGGUGUAUAUUAAGGGACGUGGUCGGAUGGAGAGUCUCGCGUGAACUUUCACUGUCGGACCAUAGGCAAAUCACCUUCAAGCUGACUUGGGCCAGAGAAGAGGUGACAAUGUUCAGGGAUUCCAGAAGCACCGAUUGGGACUCUUAUCGAAUGGACUUGAAAUGCUAUCUCGAGAGCUUCCCAAGAAAGCACGGGAUCGAGAAGGAACUGGAGCUCUACGUGGAUCAUCUGCAGAGAGCUCUGGUGGCGAGCUACAAAAAGAACUGCCCGGAGAGGGCGAUUAAGAACUCCAAGGACAAGUUCUGGUGGAGUCUCAAGCUGCAGGAGCUCAGAAGUGUGGCUCGCAUGGCCUGGAAUAGGGCCAGGAACACGAGCCGCUAG